ACUGCAUGCUGGGACACGACGGCUCCUGGAGGGCUGCGUCCCUCGACCGCGUUCGGAGGAGCCGGCGGGACCGGGACCGGCACUGCGGAAGUGACGUAUGCGGUCGACGAACGCGUCCUUAAGCGCGCAGCCUACACAGCACACGGCUUAUAACUGCAGACACGAAGGUGGUUUAUUGAACCUCAUCAUUCGUUCAGAAUCUCAUUCAUGAAACGAGCAUUAGUUUUUAACGAUGUGCGCGAGUUAAUGUGUGAUGUGAUUGUGACUUUCAGUAGAACUAUUCGGGGAAGAAAGAAAUAUCUCAGUCCAGAUCUGUGUUAUCUUCUUUUUUAAUCAUCUUGUUUUUCUUCGUUCGUCUUCCUGCAAAAUAGGAUGACAUACAUUUAUUCGAAGACGUUAGUUUCCUGUUGACCUUCUUGGGGCUCUCUGGUUAACUGUUGCACACUCAGAGGAGCAGUGUGGAUGUGGCGGGUAGGCACCACACAGACACAAGAACAAACAGGCGUCAGUGCUUCGUCGCCUCUGUUACCGCGGCCGGCUGAUUGAGUGGCAGCCUUUUCCACAGAAAGGAGCAGCGGGUCGUCCCCAUGGCUGUCAAAGCGGGGCUCUUAUUGCUGCUGUGGGACCUCGCUUUGUUUCCCCAGGGCGUCACGUCUUCGCGCCACGUCACCUGCUCAACCGACUUCAAAGAUUCUCUGAACUGUUCCUGCUCGGUGCCGACGUUUUCCGGCUCCAUCACGGUCUCGUGCAGUAUAGAAGAAACUGUGGUUAACGGAAGCUGUGAAGUCAAACCACCUCAAUCCUGGUGCGUAAUGUACCCGGAGAAGCUGGAUGACGUUUUGUUCUUUGACACCGAGUGUACCGCCACGGCCGGUGCCCAGCGUGACCAGGAGACGGCCAGCGCGCCCACCCACUGGAUACUGGGUGAUGUGGUGAAACCGUCGUCUCCUGUGAAUGUUCGAGUGACAGACACCGGCGGGUCGUACAACAUCACCUGGGACCACGGCGCCAGCGACUGUCUCACAUACAUGGUCCGCAUAAGAGACAACAGGGACCCGUCCAAGAAUCCAGUUUAUUCCCUUAAAGUGACGGAGAAGAACGUUGCGCUCGACCACAACCGCCUGCAGCCACGCGUCAGCUACGUCGUAGACGUGCAGGCCAGGAUGUGUCCCGGGCAUCCCAACAGGGGCCCGUGGAGCGAGUGGAGUUCCACUGUGCGCUGGAGGACCGGAGGAGCGCGUGAAGGACUCGAUGGACUUUGGUGGUACGUCACCCUGUCCGUCGCUCUCGUCCUUGUUCUCCUGUUGUUCGGUUAUUUUAAGAAAACGUGGUGGCAGCAGAAACUCCAACGGAUUUUAUACAUCCCCAAGGCGGAGGUGUUUUUUCAGCCUCUCCACCUGGCUUAUGGAGGGAACUUCAAGGAGUGGGUGAAGCCUGUGUUCAGCGAGCACGAUUACCUGAAGGUCAACCCGCGCGCGCAGGCGGCAAGCGAGAAGCAGCGCGCCGUCCUUCAAUGGGACAAGCGGCGCUGCGGCGAGGACCACGUGGCGAGACCGGGCGGCCCCCCCCUCCAGCCGCAGCCUCACAGCAACCCGCUGCUGUUCUUCCAGGACGGGGGCAGCUCGCAGGGCGCCGGACGCUCCAGCGGGCACAUCUCCAUCCACACCGUGACUCUGUCCGGAGAGGAGGAGUUCGAGGAGGACCACGCGGGACGUCUGGAGGGGCCCCUCAGGCAAAGCGGCGCGUUACCGCAACACGAGAACCAAAUAUUGAACGACCGUUUGGUCGAAGGUAUGAACUUCCAUCCGGUCGAACCGGAGAGGGUGUCGCUGGACUCGUUCGUCUCCAACGAACUGUCAGAAGACGGCUACCCGCGGGUGGACUUGGACACUAUUGACAGCGGCUUCGGGGAGUGCGUCGUCCCCGGGGCCUCGGACUCGAACGCGGCGGACCAGAUGCACUCUGAUUCAUUUCAUGACCACAAAAGCUUGAGUUCUAACUACGUCAAGCAGUGGAUGGCGCGUGGCACCGUUCAAGAAGACCUCGGCAGCCCAGGGCCCGACACUCCGUGAAGCGCCGUGGUCGCCACGGCUGAUUGGCUGAUCUGUAUCGCGUUAAACUUGAAUUGUUUUAUUUGUGCAUGUUGUACUGUGUGUGUUGUCCGAUUUCCUUGUUUUUAAAACAUUUUUUUUUCUUUUAAAGAGAUUUGUUUGGAGAAAGAGAGACGGCGGUUCUUUGAGAUUGCAGUGCGCCAAAAUAGCAAUUACAUUUUUAUUGUUGAUGACGUGCAGAUUAGGCCACCAGUAAUUAGUUCCCUAUUAAAAUAACAGGUUGACAUUAGCUAAACCAGCAGAGUCAGUAAUCAGUCAUUUCAGCGUGGACGUGUGGAGAUGGUGUUUUUGGGGUUAUCUUUGUCACUGUAUGUACAGCUUCCUAUGAUUAAGGUCAUAAAUGAGUCAUUAGUCUGUACCGCGGCACCAGAAUGCUCGCUGCCUUAUCAAGAUGUCAGAUAAUGUCUCUUUUUCCGACUGGUGUUUUCUCAGUAACCUCUGCCACGUCCAUCCUGUUUUGACUUUGUCAGUGAGAAGAGCACGCUUUGAGGACAUUUUCACAAUUUGUACCCAUGAGAAAACAAUUCAAUCAGCCGAUGCCAAUCUGCUAUUAAUUAAUGAUAGAUUAAAGGUCUUGUGAAUGAAAUAAGUCAACAUAGAGCAGGAAGAGCAGGAAAUAGCCUUCACAUGUACGUCUCUGCACAGUGAAGGUUGAACAAGUGACGUAACUUAAAAGAAAACAACAGAAAUACAGCACUUUGGAGUUUUUAAAUAUAAUAGGCAGCACUCAGAAAGCUGAAAGCCUGAAGAGACUUUGUGCCUUUGACUAAAUGCAUACAACUUUAAAAAACUGCAGCUGUGAAUUUUUGGUUAUUUGGGGGUUUAUAGCAUAAUGGCAAUAAAGACAUUUCAGCUUGCAAGCUCAAUUCCUCUCUUAUAUAUCUUGUAUAUGUUACUGUUGUAUUGGGAGAUGAAGACCUCUUUUGAAAGAUUUCCAGGUUGCUCUGAAAGGGUCCAAAUCACCAGUGUCAGGUCCCCCGAUGGGAUGAGAGUCUCCCCAAGUAUUUGCCCACGAGGAUGGUGGCACAGACUUGAGAUCUGAUCCGGCUUUUACUUUGAGAAGAUGUUGCACAUUUAGUGAUUAAGUGAUUGCUUUAUUGUUGCCAUUGGAGUCCGACCUCCUUCGUCAUAGACUCCACUGCGCCCCCGGUUGCAAGUCUAUAUAGAAGAAGAAGAACUGUACGUCAGGCUUACUGUUGUUGUUCUGAUCCUUUGUUUAUUGCGUCAUCUGUAAAGCUCUUUGGGAUUUAUUCGUCUAGUGUUUACUGCGAAGAGAAUAUGACUUUUAAUUUAUUUCCUUUUAAAUGUAAACGUUUAAUUGGGUUUUCGUGUUGAUUGGGAUGUUCGCUUUUUCUCCCUAUUGUCUGUGUGCUGAGUAAAUGAAGACGGUUGACAGAAUAAAGGAAUAAACCAAUGAA